AAAGAAACGCCACCGGGAAAAUAAUAAGCGCGGGAUGCACGGGAUUUCCCUGAGCCCGCCCCCAGCGUAACGCGCCCUCCGAGUAGAAAACCUAAAAAAAAAAAUCCCUCUUCUAUCUCAGACAUCGAGAUUCAAAGCGGAGGCGGAAGUGCGGAAUCUCUCUCUCUCUCUCGCUCACAUUUCUUCAUCACUCCCCACCGCCACCUCACCUCAUCUCAUCCCCUUCCUUCUCCUCCUCCUCCUCGGCUCCUCUCUCACCCGCUUUCACCUUCCUCUCUCGCCGCCGCCGGAAAUUGAAAUGCCCGGCCUCCGUCGCUAAGCUUCCCCACACUCCCCGCUCGUUCCUUCCCUCCCAGCUACCAGAAAAUGCCGACACUCCUCGCUUCCUUCCUUCUCUAGGCUCCCCCUAGGGUUUCCACCCAUUCUCUCCCGUUUAGCCAGCCGAGCCAGGUUUUUUUUAAUAUGAACGACUCUUGGUUUUUCGACAAAAAUUUCAGCGGGGUAACGGAUGAUUUCUUCGAUGAAACGUUGAAGUACUUUGAUUUCCCUCCAGAGGAUGUUGAUCCUGCCGCUGUGGAAGAGGAUUGGCAAACUAAAUUUCAAGAACUUGAGCCUCCUUCCAUCUUUUUGCCAAACUUCCCGUCUGAUAUCUGCUGUGCAAGUGGCAAUGCCGCUGUCAAAGUAGAGGGCACUGCCUCCAUUUUGCAGAAGAAAUCGUCCGAGUCCAAACAAUGUUCAAUAAUAAGUGGUAACAAGGCAUCAUCCAGCAGAAGCAUCAGCAUCCAGUCUGAUUCCUCUUCAGAUGCGAAAUAUCCUCGACAACAUUUCAGGACCUCAAGCCCAGUUUCUGUCCUUGAGAGCAGCAGCUCCUCUUGCUCGGCCGAAAACCCAACAAAUUAUCACUCUACAAUCCCCAUUGCAGCUAAACGUCCUCGAAGCAAAGGCAUGCGCUCCCAACGUUGCACUUACGAGUUCUUCCAACGUUUAUUCUCCUCAGGCAGAAAAAGGCUUCAUCCGCUGGCCCAGCUCGAGCCGGAAUCCGUGCCCCGUGUAGAUGAGAAGACAUCAUCAGGCCUCCUGAAUGGUAUUCAGAAAAAGAGAAAGCAGCAGCAGGGUACUGGUGGUGAAACGAGGAGGUGCUCCCAUUGUGGGGUGUCGGAGACUCCACAGUGGAGAGAAGGCCCAUUGGGUCCCAAAACACUCUGCAAUGCUUGUGGGGUUCGUCACAGGUCUGGACGUCUGUUCCCAGAGUACCGCCCAGCUGCUAGUCCGACCUUCAUCCCUUCGGUGCACUCGAACUCACACAGGAAGGUCCUGGAGUUAAGGAAGAAGACUUGUGAUGGCAGUGGCGAAGAGGAGGGAGCAGGAGCCACGACCACCACUUCGAUGGCUUGAGAAUGAAGAAACCAAUGCUGAUUUUGACUGGUAUUCGUUUGAUUAUUAUAUUGUUUAGGAGUAGCUAGUGUGGGUUAGGACAACGACGAACGGUUAGCAGCGCAAGUCUUGUAAUCUCUCUCUGAUGAUGACGAUGAUGCUAAUACUGUUUGUGGGGUUUAAUUUGUUCUUUGAUGUACAUUAUUACCUUGAGAAUAAGAAGCAUAGGGAGGUAGAUGAUGAAGAGGCAGAGGUAGAAGAAGUUUAGCUAUGCAAGCGGAAGAAAGAAAGGAGGCUCAGAAGGACUUCGAAGGCAGAGGGAGGCAUUAGCUUAUUAUGUGCUGUGUGAUUGUGUAGAUGUUGCCGAAAAGUUCAGUAGGGGUAGUUUCUUCUUUCUUUCUUUUUUCUUCUCUAGUGAUGCAGUACCCUUUUCUAGCCAUUCCUUGGCUUUUAUAUAUUCGUCGUUGGCUGCUAUCAGUGUCUUCUCGUAUUUCAUCCGCGAUUUCUGGAUCGUUGGAUGGUGGUAUGUGGAUCUGUUACAGGUCUCGUUUGUUGGCUGCUAUCAGAUUGUUCUCUUGUAUUUCA